UUGCUCAACUUUGAGGUUUGAGGUUUGAGCUUUGAGCUUUGAGCUUUUCCUCGUCUCUAAUGGCGAGGCUUCUUCGCCGUCCUCUCCACCGCUCCCUCACCACGCACCAUCCACCGAACACUAGAGGCCCUGACCUCCUCAUUCUCGACCUCCGAUCACUUCUCCAGAGAAACAGCUUCCGCCCCGCCCUUUCCCUCGCUAAAACCCUAAUCCAAACCCACCGUGAGUCCCCCUCCGAUCUCCUCCGCUCUCUCUCCGACUCCUCCCCUUCCCUUGCUCCCAUCGCCGCCGACCUCCUUGUCACCGCCUGUUCCGACCUCCGCCUCCCAGAUGACGCUCUCGGCCUCAUCUCCACCCUCCCCAAAUUUCCCUCCAUCCUCUCCUUGAACCGCCUCCUUGAAUCCCUUGUUUCCGCUCGGAGGUACCAAGAAGCCCUCUGUCUCUUUCAUCGGAUCAUUUCUAAUGGCACUAGUGCGGAUAACUUCACUCACAACAAAGCAAUCGAGGCCGCUGCGAAAUCUGGGGAUCUCGAUAAGGGUUUGAAGUUGAAGGAAGAGAUGGAGAAGAUACAUGGGAUCAAGCCUGAUGCUUUUUGUUACAAUGUGUUGAUCUCUGGGCUGUGGAAUGUGCGGCGCUGUGAUGAUGCAGGGAAGCUGUUUGAUGAAUUGCUCGAGAGAAGAGUGGUGCCCACGGUCGUCACUUUUAAUGCAAUGAUCGAUGGGCAUUGCAAGAAAGGCAAUUUGGAUGUUGCCAAUGAGGUUAAAAAACUAAUGCAACUUUUCGGUGUGAAGCCGAAUGUUGUUACAUAUAAUUCUCUGCUUUCAGGGCUUUGCCGUGCUCGGAGAUUGCAUGAGUGUAAGAAGAUUAUAGAGGAGAUGGGAAUGAAUGGUUUGGCUGCGGAUGGGUACACUUAUAGCAUUUUGUUUGAUGGCCAUUUCAAAUGCGGGGAUUCGGAGGCGGCAUUGGAUCUUUUCGAGGUUUUGGUAAGAACAGGUGUGCAAAUUAGUAGCUAUACUUGUGCCAUAUUGUUGAAUGGCCUUUGCAAAGAUGGAAUGGUUUCUAAAGCGGAAGAGGUGUUGCAGAGGCUACUGGACAAGGGAUUGGUUCCGACAAAUGUGAUUUACAACAGUCUGGUUGAUGGGUAUUGUCGCAUUGGAGAUAUCACGACGGCAUUGCAGGUGAUUGGUAGAAUGGAGUUGUGUGGUUUAGAGGCCGAUUACUUCACUUACAAUUCGAUCCUUAACGGGUUGUGUAAGCUGGAGAGGGUGGAUGAGGCAGAAGAGACGAUGAAAGUAAUGGAGGAGAAGGGAAUGGCGCCUAUUGUGGAGACCUAUAACAUUCUCAUUGAUGCAUAUGCUCGAUUAGGCCAAUUCGAUAAGUGUUUUGAUAUCCUUGAGAAGAUGCAGGACAAUAAGGGAGUCACACCGAACAUUAUUUCAUAUGGUUCUUUGCUAAAUGGAUUGUGCAAGAAAGGCAAGCUUCCCGACGCUGAAGCACUCUUCCAAGAUAUGUUAGCGAGAAAAAUUCCACUGAAUGAGCAGACUUACAAUAUGCUUAUUGAUGCGAAUGGUAAAUCGGGUAAUUUUGAGCGUGUAGGGGUGCUUAUUGAGGACAUGAAGAGUAAAGGGAUUUCUCCGACCAUCGUGACAUAUAAUUCUCUUAUGAAAGGACUCUGUGUUGGAGGGUUCUUCUCCAAAGCUGAGGACUUGUUUCUUCAGUUAAAGGCUGAAGGUCUGAGACCUGAUGUUAUUACAUAUAAUACUCUGAUUUCAGCUAGUUGUCAUUGUUGUGACCUGAAGAAGGCGAGCCAGUUAUUCGAAGAAAUGGAGAAAAUCGACUUAAAACCAAAUUUGCGAACUUACCAAGUGUUAAUAUAUGGGAUGGGUAUGGAAGGAAGGAUGGAAGAGGCGGAAAAGAUAUAUAACUAUAUGUUACAAAGCAAACUGUCUCCUGACAAGGGUGUGUUCAAGGCAUUGUUAGCUGGGUAUAAAAAAUUUGGAGACACGAUUAAGGUAGAAGAUCUGGAGAAAGAGAUGAAGGUGAGAGGAAUUCCAUUGGAUGAGGAGGCAUCCACUGAUGUAAAUUCCAUUGAUACAUGAGCUUGUUUUCAAUUGGAUCUCUUGAUCGGAGUUAAGCAGGAGUGAUUUCCCUCUUGUUUUAAUUUAUGAGAUGCU